AUGUCUGUCCUUCUUCCCUUCCACAAGUCGAUUCUUGAGAAGAUACAUGACCCGGCAACCUCAGAGCUCGUUCUGCUCGCUCGCGGCCUUGGUUUGCGCCGCAUAAUUUGCAAGCUCAUGCAGAUAUACGACGGUCCUCACAACCUCGUGCUGCUUGUCAAUGCUACGCCGGAGGAGGAGUCGGCCGUCGGCGAAGAGCUGGGCGUGAUGGGUUGCAGGAAUCCUGGGCUGAGGAUCGUGGGUUUCGAGACGGUGAAGAAGGACAGGCAGGACCUCUACAAGAAAGGAGGGCUGAUAUCCAUCACGUCGCAAAUCCUGACGGUCGACAUGCUCACUGAAGACAUUCCGACGCAUAUGAUCACCGGACUGCUCGUUCUGCACGCUGAACGAGUCACGCCGACGUCUGCUGAAGCCUUCAUCGUGCGGCUGUACCGGGAGAAGAACAAGACGGGCUUCCUGAAAGCGUUCUCAGACCAGCCCGAGCACAUCACGAGCGGGAUGUCUCCCUUGCGGACGGUGCUGAAGGAGAUGCAGCUCCGGACGGUCCACAUCUAUCCCCGCUUCCACGCCGACAUCAAGGAGUCGCUCGACCACAAGGUCCCAGACAUCGUCGAAUUGCACCAGGAGAUGACGGAAUCGAUGUCGGAGAUCCACCAGGGCAUCGUGCAAUGCAUGACCACGACGCUGCAGGAGCUGAAGCGGGCGAACACCAUGCUCGACCUGGACGACCUCUCGAUCGACAACGCGUACUUCCGCUCGUUCGACAUGGUCGUCCGCCGGAUUCUCGACCCCGUGUGGCACAAGGUCGGCCCGCGGACGAAGCAGCUGGUGAACGACCUCGCGACGCUCCGCCGGCUGCUGGCGUACCUGCUCACGUACGACGCGCUCGCGUUCCACGCGUACCUCGAGACGCUGAUCGCGUCGAACACGACGAACGACGCGGGCAACGCGCGCCAGAACCAGAGCCCGUGGAUGCUCACGGACGCGGCGAACGUCAUCUUCCAGUACGCGAAGCGGCGGUGCUACGUCAUGACCGCCGCGAAACCUGCAGCAGCGGCGCCCGUCAUCGACCUUGAAGACGAGUGGGCGAUUUUGGACCAGAUGGAGGCGGAGGCGGCAGGGAGGUCAGGCGCAGGUGUGGCGGGCGGGCGGGCGAAGAAGAAGAAGUGGUUACCGGAUGGGAUGGAGCCGGUGCUGGAGGAACUGCCCAAGUGGUUCCUGCUGGCGGAUGUGUUGCACGAGGUCGAGGAGGAGAUGAUGCGGAGGGAACCUUUGCUUGGAUCUCGUGCACCCGGUACGAACACCGUCCUCAUCAUGGCGUCUUCCCUCCACACGUGCACCCUCAUCAAGGACUUCCUUCGCGACCUCGAUUCGACUGCGCCACGGGGGGAGCAGGGGCGCCAGAUGAUGGAGAGCAAACUGCGGCUCUACCUGUGGUGGAAGGGAAAGCUCUCGGAGCGCAAGACUGACGGGAAGACUCCCAUCGCCCUCCCAAAGGGCAGAAACGACGACACUCCGAUUAGUGAGGCACUGAAGAAGAAGGACCGGGAGAAGGCAGAAAGGACGGCGAGCCGGAGGAGAGUGAGAGGGGGUGCUCCAGCCGGUGCGGGGAACACCCGGGAGGUCGUUGCGCCUCCCAUCGUCAACGCCGGGAAGCUGGAUGACAUCGGCAUCAAGCAGGAGGCGGAGGACAUCGCAGGCUUCUUGUCCACUCAAGGGGUCGAACAUGCGGACAUCCCUCUCGAGCAAGAAUUCGAGCUGUUCACCAUGGACGACGAUUUCGACGCGCACUAUGGGCUCCUCGCACCUGAGAAAAUCGUCCUCGUCAGACCCUACUCCGACGAUUCCGACGAUCAAGUACUGCAGGAAAUCAAGCCGCGGUUCAUCGUCAUGUACGAACCCAACCUCGAGUUCAUCCGGCGAAUCGAGGUCUAUCGGAACUCGAACCCGGGCCUCGGCGUACGCGUGUACUUCAUGAUGUACAAGCUCAGCUGCGAAGAGGGCAAGUACCUCACAGGGCUCAGACGGGAGAAGGACUCGUUCGAACGUCUCAUCCGAGAGCGCGGGUCGAUGCUCAUGCCCAUCCACGAGGAGCGGGGGUCGGUCGCGAACGAUGCGUUGAUCCGGACGAUCAGCACGCGCAUGGCCGGAGGCAGGAAGGAGGUGUCCACAGAACCCGCCCGAGUCAUUGUGGACAUGCGCGAGUUCCGGUCCUCUUUGCCGUCCCUGCUCCAUGCGUCCGGGCUUCUCGUUCUGCCCGUGACACUCACCGUCGGCGAUUACAUCCUGACGCCCGACAUUUGUGUCGAGCGCAAGAGUAUUCCUGACCUCAUCUCCAGUCUGAACAGUGGCCGCCUAUACACCCAGUGCGAGUUGAUGUCGGCGCACUACAAGCAACCGAUCCUGCUUAUCGAGUUCGAAGAGCACAAAUCCUUCGCGCUCGAGGCGGUCGCCGACGUCAAGUCGUUCGCCAAAUCCGCAAAGUACCCCCCAAAGAAGAAGGCGGACGCGCGCGGGGAACACGCCACUUCGGCGUCGCAGUCGAUCCAGGCGAAGCUCGUCCUCCUCACCCUCACCUUCCCGCGCGUGCGCGUUCUGUGGUCGUCGUCGCCGUACGCGACCGCCGAAGUCUUCAACGACCUCAAAGGCCACAUGCCGCAGCCGGACCCAGGGCGGGCGGUGCUCGUCGGCGCGGAGGAGGACGCGGACGCGGGCGCGGGGGUGAACGCAGCGGCGGAGGAGCUGUUGCGGAGCCUGCCGGGCGUCACGGGGAAGAACGUGAAGCACGUCAUGAGCCGCAUCGGGAGCGUGCGCGAGCUGUGCGGGUUGCCGAUGAAGGACGUGCAGAACAUUCUGGGGGUGGAGCCUGGGAAGGCGUGUUGGGAGUUCAUACAUUAUGGGGAUAAGGCGCCGCCAUGA